AUGCGCAUGCGCAACACAACUUGUGGCUACGGCAAGAGCGUGGACAACUGGUCGAUCGGUGUGAUUGCCUAUAUCCUGCUCUGUGGCUACCCCCCUUUCUAUGAUGAGGACCAGGCGACCCUGUUCCAGACUAUCAUGGCCGGUGUUUUCGACUUCCACGUGGAGUACUGGUCGCACAUCAGCGACUCGGCCAAGGAUCUCAUCCGCCGGCUGCUGACCGUGGAUCCGGCCCAGCGCCUCACCGCCGAGGAGGCCCUUCGCCACCCGUGGAUCGCGCAGGAGGGCGGCUCCGCCAGCAACAUCGACAUCCAUGAGUCCUUCACCACUCAGCUGGCCAAGUUCAACGCGCGGCGCAAGCUCCGUGCGGCCAUGAAGACAGUCGCCAUGGUCACUCGCUUGAAGCGCCUGGGUCUGAACGCCGCCGAGGCCACCGCCGACGAGCAGGAGGAGACCUCGGACUCCUCGCCCCUUGGCUCGCCGACCACCGAGUUCGCGCAGUAA